UUCCAAAAUCUGAAAACUAUAUUUGACGAAAAGAAAUUAGUUCAAUUCUCUGUAUGUUUUUUUUUUCCCCUUUUUUUAUGUCUUUUUUCUUUAAAAAAUCUUGGUCGAAAUAGACAGGUGUUGGGCUUUAAAUGAGAUCCCCAGAUGCCAUAUAGGUAUUGUGGAACCCAGAGAGAGGGAGCAACAUUCUUCAGUUACCAACAGCGGUGGAGUCACACAGAGACAGAGAGAAGAUCAAUCGUGCAAUUACAUUUAUAUAUAUAUAUAUAAACUAUUGCAGGAAUUCUCGUGACGACUCAGCCCAAUAAAACCAACCUCUCCUACCAUCAUUCUCGCAUCUUGUCCUUCUUUAUCUGCCUUUUCUGCAUACUAAAAGCAAACUGAUCAUGUUUCCUAAAUACCCAUUUCUCUUCUCCUAAAGUUUGGUGAUUAGACUUCUACAAUUUUGUCUUCGAAUAUCUACAUAUCUCAGUCUUUCACUUAUUUAUUAUUUUUUAUCUGGGUUUUUCAAGUUUUGUAUUAUUUAAGACUCCGGUUCUCUUAAGAUCUUCUGGUGUUUCAAUUGCUACUCGAUACCUUCUGUUGUUUGUGUCGGGAUUCCAUUUUCCUGGGAUAUGGACUCAGUGCUCUUUCUUUGAGCUUUAUCAAAUUGAUUCCUUCAUCUGGAGUAAUUGUUUUGUAGCCUUGUAGAGUUGAAGUAGCAGUGAAGCUACUACUAUAAUGGAUUGUUGUUGUGCGACCUUGAAUCCCAAUGCCCAUCCCGUACAAGUUAGAAAAGGGCUUAUUACGGAUGGAAAUAAUGCUUUUUGGGGCGAGAGACUCAGGGGGAGUCUGAAGAACGGGGUAAUGCGUACCAAGUUGGCGAAGAGUUUGAGAGCUGAUAACGGAGGCGGAAAAAUCAAAACUGGUGUUGCUUUCUCUGUUCUUACAGAUGUCAAUAACGACACUGUGACUGAGACCAUCCAAGCACCACUACUUGGGAGGCAGAUAGCAGACCCAAAGAAUGUCGCUUCAAUCAUAUUGGGUGGAGGUGCUGGAACUCGCCUCUUUCCUUUGACCAGCAGAAGAGCAAAGCCCGCUGUUCCUAUUGGAGGUUGUUACAGGCUUAUUGAUGUUCCCACGAGCAAUUGCAUUAAUAGUGGCUUAGACAAGAUAUUCAUAAUGACCCAGUUUAACUCUGCUUCUCUCAACCGGCACCUUGCUCGCACAUAUAAUUUUGGAAAUGGUGUGAAUUUUGGAGAUGGUUUUGUAGAGGUUCUGGCGGCCACUCAAACACCAGAAACAGGAAUGAGGUGGUUCCAAGGAACAGCUGAUGCUGUGAGGCAAUUCACAUGGGUCUUUGAGGAUGCUAAGAACAAGCAUAUUGAAAAUAUAUUGAUCCUAUCUGGUGAUCAUCUUUAUCGGAUGGACUACAUGGACUUUGUUCAGAAGCAUGUUGAUACAAAUGCUGAUAUUACAGUCUCAUGUGUACCAAUGGAUGAUAGCCGUGCAUCGGAUUAUGGAUUGAUGAAGAUCGACAAGACAGGCCACAUCAUCCAUUUUUCUGAGAAACCAAAGGGUAUUGACCUUAAAGCAAUGCAAGUCGAUACCGCUUUUCUUGGGUUGUCUCAAGAAGAAUCCAUCAAAUAUCCUUACAUUGCAUCAAUGGGAGUUUAUGUAUUCAGAACAGAGGUUUUGCUAAAGCUUCUAAGGUGGAGGUAUCCCACAUGCAAUGACUUUGGAUCUGAAAUCAUUCCAGCUGCUGUGAAGGAGCACAAUGUCCAGGCGUAUCUGUUUAAUGACUACUGGGAGGACAUUGGAACAAUCAAGUCUUUCUUUGAUGCUAAUUUAGCCUUGACCGAACAGCCACCCAAGUUUGAGUUCUAUGACCCCAAAACACUAUUCUUUACGUCUCCUAGAUUCUUACCACCUACCAAAGUUGACAAAUGCCGGAUUGUUAAUGCAAUAAUUUCACAUGGGUGCUUCUUGCGGGAAUGUAGUGUUCAACACUCCGUAGUGGGUGUGCGAUCACGUUUGGAGUAUGGUGUCGAGCUUAUGGAUACUAUGAUGAUGGGUGCAGACUAUUAUCAAACUGAAUCUGAAAUCGCAUCCCUGCUGGCUGAGGGGAAAGUUCCAAUUGGUGUCGGACAAAAUACCAAAAUCAGGAACUGCAUAAUUGACAAGAAUGCGAAGAUAGGAAGAGAUGUGGUAAUAGAAAAUAAAGAUAAUGUUCAAGAAGCAGACCGACCAGAUGAAGGAUUUUACAUUAGGUCUGGAAUCGUAGUUAUACUGAAGAAUGCAACAAUUAAAGACGGAACCAUCAUAUAGUAUUAAAUACAUCCGUGGGACAAAGAGCUUUGGAUGGAUUGCAAGAAAUACUGAUUCUGUGGUUACUGGAGAAGCUGAGAUCGUGGGGGCUGGCGGGGCUGUAGGCGUUUCCUUGUUCAUAAUAACAAGUAUGUACUGCCUUUGCUCGUGUAUGUAAAUUAGCUCCUUUUUCUUCUGCUAGAGCCAAUAGAGUUUGCUAGUUGAGAAAUGCUCCUAAAUAAGUGAACAGGCUAUAAGGUUGUCUGGUUUGUAUGGGAGUCCAUUCAGUGGGUACAGAGCUGAAUCACUGAGUUUUGGAUUAGUUACAAGUAAUAAUGCGGCCAUUGGCAAUGUAUGACAUCUGUAUUAAUUCACAGCAAAUGAAUAAUUAGUUAGGCAAGAUUCAGCCAUCGACUUACAA